AAAGAUAUGCAGUACAAAGAGCAAAUCAACGCACUCAUCACUGAACACGAAUCCAUUGUGAAUCAGUUGAAAAAAGAUUUUGAGAGGGUUUCAUCGGAAAGAGAUCAACUCAGCGAAAAGCUAGAGGCAUCGAUCAAAACGAACGCAAAGAAAUUAGCUGAAUUCGAGUCUCGUCUUAAAGAUGUCAGCGGGGAACUGAAUAAUGAACGCAAACAGUCGCAGAACACUAUUAUGAAGCAAGGAGAAGAAUUGAGUAAAUUGCGAUGCGAACAAGAGACGAGUAAGAAGACGGUUGAUGCACUGAAUGCGAAACUGAAAGAGAAGGAGAACGCUCUAUCGGAGCUGAUGAAGGAGCAGUGGAUCGACAACGAUCAGAUCACAACCUUAAAUGAACAGUUGACUCACUUGCAGAACACGUUCGUUUUUAGAGCAAUUCUUUUCGUAGAGACAAGUUGA